AUGGAAAAAUUCAAAAGAUACACCGAUGAAGCAACAGGAGUCAAUCCAUUUGUACCCUAUCGCAAGAAACUAUCGGAUUCAACUCCAGCUGUACUGAAAUUCAUUUUGAAUCCUCUCAGAAUGAUUCUUCUCUCUCCAAUUCUCUUUUUAUUUAAAUUAAUAUUGAUUCUAAUUUUCAUGUUGCCAUACAUUGCCAUUCAAUAUGUUUCAAUCAUCAUUCCUAUUUAUGCGAUCAAGAGAUUAUUGCAUCGGUAUUCUAGUAUUUUGUGUUGUGGAGCUUCUUUAUUCACGUUAUUAGGAUUUAGUACAAUCAAAUCUAAACAUGUUGAUUUGGAAGGAAAAGAAAAGCCUAACCAUUCUACCACUCUCAAUCACGGAGAUUUAAUUAUUUGCAAUUAUGUAUCAUUCAUUGAAUUAUUCUAUUUGAAUUUCAAAUACUCUCCAACAUUUGCCAUGAUCGUAAAGAGCAGCAUUGAGAAUGGGGAAAGCAAUUAUGGCGUUAGGCCUUGUGGGUUCUUUUCUGCUUUAAGCUAUACCUUCUUUGGUCAAUUCAAUGAUACUCAGACUUAUUCUGAUUGUAAAUCAUUACCUGAAAUUAUCAAGCAAGCAAGAGAAUACAAACAAGGUCCAGUUGUUAUUUUUCCAGAAGCUGUUACAUCAAAUGGAAGAUCAGUAUUGAAAUUCCAAAAUAAUGUAUUCCAAGAUAUGGAACAAGUAUUGAGAGAAAACAAGAACUAUCAAGUACGAGUGAUUGGAUUCAAAUAUACCUACGAAGAAUUCAGCCCAGCUUACCAUCUUGGAAAUUUUUGGCCACAUUUGUUCAAGGUAUUAACUCAGUUUUACAACUCGUUGCAUGUAGCUCACAUCUAUCUCAAUGCAGAUGAUAUGAAAACUCUUGAACAAAAUUUCUCUGUCACCGCCAUCAAAAAGAUUGUACUGCCAAAAGUUUUGGGCAUUGUUUCUGUAAACUCUUCCCCUGCAGAUAGAGAAAGGUUCUUGAAAGAAUGGAAUAAGGGCGAAAAGCAUGAAUAA